AUGCCUUUCCGUUGCAACUGCUUGACCUGCGUCUACGGCAGUUCAUCAGACUCUGAUGACGGCGGGCAUGGUGGUGCACAGGGUGCACGUGCUGUCCCACUGACUCCCCUUCAACCUCCUCCUGGUCCCUCAUCUCAAGCCAGCCCUUCGUGGACGCGGGCUAAUUCUUCAACCCGGGAUGAUUCUUCAUUUCAGGCUAGUCUCCCAUCGAUCCAGGCUGAUCCUUUGACCCAAGCCGAUGUGUUAAGUCAACUUUAUCUUCCGUCGUCAACUAGUUCCUCGACUAGCUUGGGCCGACGUCUAGUAGAAGACCGUCCAAUGCAUCGUUCUUGGUUGCGGACCCGGGGAGCUCAGGUUAUGCGAUGGAUCGAUUCCCCUAUUGAGGCAUGCUGUCCCGUUCUUAGAAGCGAGUUGACUUUCAAUCGGGUCUGCUUAAUUGCUUCGCGAAUCUACGAGACCCAGCCGGACGGGCCUCUGGACGUUCUUGAACGGAACUGGCUCCUUCCAUCGCAAGCCGAACUGCCCCGAGUCGUAGGAGACUACACCCAAUGGAGAGUGCAGUUUGACAGGGCUCAAUGGGCUGGAUUCACCUCGCCGAACAUUAUCGCCGUCCGCCUCAUCACUCGAAUGCCAGCGUCUGACUUGGCACAGAAUCCACACGCCUCUGAUGUGACUCUGACUUUGUUCACCGUGCACCAUAGCCUUCAAAACUUGCGGUUUGUUUUCAUUGACCAUGUUGUGAACCCACAGACUCUAACUUAUGUCACACAGGUACUGUUUCCUUACGAGACUUGGCCCCCGAUGGUGCCACAACUCUGGGUUCCUGGCACACGAGAAUUCGAAGAACUCAUGGGCACUCGGAUUGGAAGGUUUGUCGGGGCUCUUGUUCUCGGUGCGUUCGACCGUGGUACAGCGCGUAUCGCGGGCAUCGUUACCUACAGCAGCAACGCCGCCAUCAGAACUCUGCAACUUCGCUUCGAUAUCGAGCCUGUUGAAGGUUAA